GUGCUCCCAAGAAAAAAAACGAAAACCGAAAAGUAUCUCCUCCCCUCAAGCCUCUUUAUCUCCAUCUCCGAGUGAUCUCCAUCUCUAUCUGUAUCUCUAUCUGUGGCUGCAUCUGUAACUCUCUCCCGUGAGAGUCUUGCGAGUGCGCUGGUGUGCGUGUCCGAGUGUGAGCGUGUGCUAAGCUUUUUGCUGUCGCCUAUCUGUGAGGGUAUUGGUGCUUCGGCCUGAACUAUGGUUCGCGUGUUCGUGUGCGUCUAACACUCGUACGUAUCGUAAUUUAAAAAUAAGUAUUUCGACAUUCCGCCGUGGAAACUAUGUGACAUACCAGUCCAGAUCCCCAUAAGCACCACAACGAAAAAACGAAACAAAACGAUCUAUACCGCGAAAUAUUAUUAAUAACCCCUCUAAGGGCCAAGAGCAGCGAUCAUUGUGAUUAACAAACGAACCCCGACCCCAAAUUAGCCCCAAAAAGCAACCAGGUGCAACACCAGUCACUCAGUCUCUCAGCGAUUACCUCAUCUGUGUCAAAAUGGUAUCAAAAAACAGUAAAAAGAAACAAGUGUCGCAGCAGCAGCAGCAGCAGCCGCCAGCCACAUCGACCACAACCACAUCGUCGUCGGCUACGGCCACGAAGCUCACCAAACAACUGGGACCCGACGCUACAGCGACCCUCACCACUAAGAGCAGCUCCACCUCGAUGGAGCACGAGUCCGUCUCGUACGGAGAGCCAGUGGCGAGCACCUCAUCCUCCACUCCUGUGCUGGCGGCCAGCACUGCAUCCUCGUCUCCCAUGCCUGCGGCUGGUGUCAGGAGCUACAGCCGCAGCAGCAAGAGCAAGGCAGCCAUGUCAAGCUCCCAAUCCUCAUACACAGAGAAAUCUCAGUCCAAGUUACAAUCCCAAUCCCAAUCCCAGUCGGAGCAGUUUAGCAGCAGCAGCAGCAGCACCGCCAAGAUUUCCAGGGAUUACUCCAACGAGAAGAUCAUUGCCUCGAUCGAUCUGCUGGAGAGUGAGAAGAAGGAGCCAGUGUUCUCUGUCCCCAUCGAGGUGGUAGAGAUCACAACGCCCACGCUCUCCAUGUCAGCCAGCGGCGGCAGCCUCUCCAAGAUGUACACGUCCUCUUCCAUGUCUUCCAGUCAGCAGCGGCAGCAGCAGCAGGCGAGCAGCAGCUCCACUUACUUCGCCUCCACAACCAGUUCCAGCUCCAAUCGGAGCGCCAAUGAAACGCUCAUUGCAAGCGAGAGAGCCGACACAGCGGCUACCGGUAUGACAUCAUCCGGUGCGAGGAAACAGGUUGGCUUUGACACGAGCAGUAGCACCAAUACCAAUACCAACAUCAGUGUUGAUGUCAAUACCAAUACCAACACUAACACCAACACCAAGAGUACCAGCAGCAGCAGCAGCAAAAGCUUCAGUGAAUCUCAGAGCGUGCCAAAGCUACCACCAGCCAGCGGAACAGCUGACGGGCCCACAUCGGUGACGUCAUCAAGUUGCCCCGAACCGGUUGCCGCGCCGUCUGCCGUGACCACAACAAAGGGGACGUCAUCCACCUCGCAGAACGAUAAACUGGAACAGCUGUCGGGAACGACAACAGCUGUGGACCACAACAAAGCCACUUCAUCGACAUCCAAAAAAGAGGUCAGCGAGAGCACCACACGGAGCAGCUCUAGCAGCACCAAGCAGUCCACAUCGUCGUCCAAGAAGGAGGUGUAUGACGUGAAGACCAAGACCUGGACCGAGCUUAGCGAUGGCACCAACCCCCAUCCUGGGGGCAACACAAGCAAGCCCACCUUUGAGCGGUACGUCAGCAAGGAGUCGGACGGUAGCUGCAAGGUGACGUACAAGAAGAAGAUAUACGACAGGCGCAACAAUAGGUGGCGCGUGGUUGACGAACGGACUGUGGACAGCACCGCUGACCGGGGCUAUCCCGAAAUAGUCGAUGAUGUCAUCAACACAACCACCACAACAUACACCACCAAGGUGUACGACACGAAACUCGGCAAGUGGACGGUCGUCGACGAGAAGUCGUACAGAGAUAGCAAAGCUUUCGUGCCCAAUGACAUUGCUCGUGAAAUCGAGAAAGAUAAUACCGAUGUGGCAAACAUAACAACUACCACGGAGGUAACAAAGAUAUUCGAUGCGAGCAUCAACGAUUGGCGUGUUCUGGACGAGAAGGUGCACACGGAUGUCAUUGAGAAGAUUGUAGAGACCCCCAAGAAGACCAUCUACGUGGAUGAAUUUGUGGAGAUUGAGAAGAACACCUCGAUUUCGGAGAACAAUGAGAACAUAACCCUGAAUCUGAACGAAACAUCGAAACACAAAAAUAUUACCGAAAAUAUUUAUGAUGAAAUCGAUUAUGUGCGCACCGAUAAGAAACGCUUAGACGAUUCAAGAAACCGUGGAGUCGUCAAGAACAAAAAUACUACGCAUAGCGAGCGGUGCAUCUGUGAGAUCUGCACAUGCGGACGACAUCACUGCUCAACCAGCACAACUAAAUCAACAGAAAACACAAUCAUUGAAACCGAUGAUACCCUCGAGGAAGCAUACACAAGAGUACGUACAAAUACCUGGUCGAAGAGAGACAAUGGAAACAUUCCCAAGCCAAACGAAGACAUAUUAGUGGACUACGUAGUUAUAAAGAAGCCAGAAGAUAAUCUAAAGCCAGAAGGAGACUUCGUAGUCCCACCAAAAGAGCCAUACAAGCCCGGCGAGAGGCGUGAGAAAAUUGUGCACACUGACAAUUUGCGGACAGAGGGAGAAAUGACCUUCAACGAGAGGGAGGAGUAUCAAUACACCGUCCGUCCUGAAUAUAAGAAGCCGACGGACAACCUUAAGCCCGAGGGCGAGUUUUACAGCCCAGAGAAGCCAAAAUAUCAGCCUGGAGACCGCCCAACACAAGUACGACACAAGGAUAACUUGCGGCCUGAAGGUGACUUCUAUACGCCCGACAAGAAGGGCUAUACACCAGCCGAUCGACCCACCCAAAAGAAACCCGUGGAUAACCUCAAGACGGAGGGAGAAUUCCUUACGCCGGAAAAACCCACCUAUCGGCCAGGAGAAAGAUCAGAGAAAAUUAUUCGCAGCGACAACUUGCGCACCGAAGGAGAAAUGACUUUUGUGGAGAAGCAGGAGUACCAAUAUGUGGUUCGACCAGGACAAAUAAAGCCCACUGAUAACCUCAAACCAGAGGGUGAAUUUUACAGUCCGGAGAAACCGAAGUACAGACCAGGCGAUCGUCCAACACAAGUUAGGCAUGAAGACAAUCUGAAACCCGAAGGCGACUUCUACACUCCAGAAAAACCAGGAUACAAGCCUAGUGAACGUCCAUCUCAAGUGCGACCUGAGGAUAAUCUUCGACCUGAGGGAGAGUUCUACACACCGGAUAAACCAGGAUUCAGACCCGCCGAGAGGCCAGUACAGAAGAAACCAGAAGAUAACCUAAAAACCGAGGGAGAUUUCUACAGUCCCGAAAAGCAGAAGUAUACGCCAGGAGAACGUCCAACCCAGGUCAGACCUGAAGACAAUCUGAGACCUGAGGGAGAAUUCUACAGUCCCGAGAAACCCAAGUACAGACCUGGUGAACGUCCAUCGCAAGUCAGACCUGAAGACAAUCUCCGACCUGAGGGAGAGUUCUACACUCCGGAUAAACCUGGAUUCAAACAAGCUGAGCGGCCGGUCCAGAAGAAACCAGUGGACAAUCUGAAGCCCGAAGGAGAGUUUACGAAGCCUGAGAAACAGGUUUACAAACCUGCUGAUAAGAACGAAAGGAUCAUUCGUAAGGACAACCUACGUAGCGAAGGUGAAAUGACGUUCGUUGAGAAACAGGAGUAUCAAUACGUGGUACGACCCGAUCAAGUCAGACCUACGGAUAACUUGAAGCCCGAGGGUGACUUCUACAGUCCCGAAAAGCAGAAGUAUACGCCAGGAGAACGUCCAACCCAAGUCAGACCUGAAGACAAUCUCCGACCUGAGGGAGAGUUCUACACUCCGGAUAAACCAGGAUUCAGACCCGCUGAGAGACCUGUUCAGAAGAAGCCGGAGGAUAAUCUGAAACCCGAGGGAGAUUUCUACAGUCCCGAAAAGCAGAAGUAUACGCCAGGAGAACGUCCAACCCAAGUCAGACCUGAAGACAAUCUGAGACCUGAGGGAGAAUUCUACAGUCCCGAGAAACCCAAGUACAGGCCAGGUGAACGUCCAUCGCAAGUCAGACCUGAAGACAAUCUCCGACCUGAGGGAGAGUUCUACACUCCGGAUAAACCAGGAUUCAGACCUGCUGAAAGACCUGUUCAGAAGAAGCCGGAGGAUAAUCUAAAACCCGAAGGAGAUUUCUACAGUCCCGAAAAGCAGAAGUAUACACCAGGAGAACGUCCAACCCAGGUCAGACCUGAAGACAAUCUGAGACCUGAGGGAGAAUUCUACAGUCCCGAGAAACCCAAGUACAGACCAGGUGAACGUCCAUCGCAAGUCAGACCUGAAGACAAUCUCCGACCUGAGGGAGAGUUUUACACUCCGGAUAAACCUGGAUUCAGACCCGCUGAGAGACCAGUCCAAAAGAAACCCGUGGACAAUUUGAAGCCCGAAGGAGAGUUUACGAAGCCUGAGAAACAGGUUUACAAACCUGCUGAUAAAAACGAAAGGAUCAUUCGUAAGGACAACCUACGUAGCGAAGGUGAAAUGACGUUCGUUGAGAAACAGGAGUAUCAAUACGUGGUACGACCCGAUCAAGUCAGACCCACGGAUAACUUGAAGCCCGAAGGUGACUUCUACAGUCCCGAAAAGCAGAAGUAUACGCCAGGAGAACGUCCAACCCAAGUCAGACCAGAAGACAAUCUCCGACCUGAGGGAGAUUUCUACACUCCGGAUAAACCAGGAUUCAGACCCGCUGAGAGACCUGUUCAGAAGAAGCCGGAGGAUAAUCUGAAACCCGAGGGAGAUUUCUACAGUCCCGAAAAGCAGAAGUAUACGCCAGGAGAACGUCCAACCCAAGUCAGACCUGAAGACAAUCUGAGACCUGAGGGAGAAUUCUACAGUCCCGAGAAACCCAAGUACAGGCCAGGUGAACGUCCAUCGCAAGUCAGACCUGAAGACAAUCUCCGACCUGAGGGAGAGUUCUACACUCCGGAUAAACCAGGAUUCAGACCUGCUGAAAGACCUGUUCAGAAGAAGCCGGAGGAUAAUCUAAAACCCGAAGGAGAUUUCUACAGUCCCGAAAAGCAGAAGUAUACACCAGGAGAACGUCCAACCCAGGUCAGACCUGAAGACAAUCUGAGACCUGAGGGAGAAUUCUACAGUCCCGAGAAACCCAAGUACAGACCUGGUGAACGUCCAUCGCAAGUCAGACCUGAAGACAAUCUCCGACCUGAGGGAGAGUUUUACACUCCGGAUAAACCCGGAUUCAGGCCCGCUGAGAGACCAGUCCAAAAGAAACCAGUGGACAAUUUGAAGCCCGAAGGAGAGUUUACGAAGCCUGAGAAACAGGUUUACAAACCUGCUGAUAAAAACGAAAGGAUCAUUCGUAAGGACAACCUACGUAGCGAAGGUGAAAUGACGUUCGUUGAGAAACAGGAGUAUCAAUACGUGGUACGACCCGAUCAAGUCAGACCCACGGAUAACUUGAAGCCCGAAGGUGACUUUUACAGUCCCGAAAAGCAGAAGUAUACGCCAGGAGAACGUCCAACCCAAGUCAGACCUGAAGACAAUCUCCGACCUGAGGGAGAUUUCUACACUCCGGAUAAACCAGAAUUCAGACCCGCUGAGAGACCUGUUCAGAAGAAGCCGGAGGAUAAUCUGAAACCCGAGGGAGAUUUCUACAGUCCCGAAAAACAGAAGUAUACGCCAGGAGAACGUCCAACCCAAGUCAGACCUGAAGACAAUCUCCGACCUGAGGGAGAGUUUUACACUCCGGAUAAACCCGGAUUCAGGCCCGCUGAGAGACCAGUCCAAAAGAAACCAGUGGACAAUUUGAAGCCCGAAGGAGAGUUUACGAAGCCUGAGAAACAGGUUUACAAACCUGCUGAUAAAAACGAAAGGAUCAUUCGUAAGGACAACCUACGUAGCGAAGGUGAAAUGACAUUCGUUGAGAAACAGGAGUAUCAAUACGUGGUACGACCUGAUCAAGUCAGACCGACGGAUAACCUGAAGCCCGAGGGUGACUUCUACAGUCCCGAAAAGCAGAAGUAUACGCCAGGAGAACGUCCAACCCAAGUCAGACCUGAAGACAAUCUCCGACCUGAAGGAGAAUUCUACAGUCCCGAGAAACCCAAGUACAGACCAGGUGAACGUCCAACGCAAGUCAGACCUGAAGACAAUCUCCGACCUGAGGGAGAGUUUUACACUCCGGAUAAACCUGGAUUCAGACCCGCUGAGAGACCAGUCCAAAAGAAACCCGUGGACAAUUUGAAGCCCGAAGGAGAGUUUACGAAGCCUGAGAAACAGGUUUACAAACCUGCUGAUAAAAACGAAAGGAUCAUUCGUAAGGACAACCUACGUAGCGAAGGUGAAAUGACGUUCGUUGAGAAACAGGAGUAUCAAUACGUGGUACGACCCGAUCAAGUCAGACCGACGGAUAACCUGAAGCCCGAGGGUGACUUCUACAGUCCCGAAAAGCAGAAGUAUACGCCAGGAGAACGUCCAACCCAAGUCAGACCAGAAGACAAUCUCCGACCUGAGGGAGAGUUCUACACUCCGGAUAAACCAGGAUUCAGACCCGCUGAGAGACCUGUUCAGAAGAAGCCGGAGGAUAAUCUGAAACCCGAGGGAGAUUUCUACAGUCCCGAAAAGCAGAAGUAUACGCCAGGAGAACGUCCAACCCAAGUCAGACCUGAAGACAAUCUGAGACCUGAGGGAGAAUUCUACAGUCCCGAGAAACCCAAGUACAGACCUGGUGAACGUCCAUCGCAAGUCAGACCUGAAGACAAUCUCCGACCUGAGGGAGAGUUUUACACUCCGGAUAAACCUGGAUUCAGACCCGCUGAGAGACCAGUCCAAAAGAAACCCGUGGACAAUUUGAAGCCCGAAGGAGAGUUUACGAAGCCUGAGAAACAGGUUUACAAACCUGCUGAUAAAAACGAAAGGAUCAUUCGUAAGGACAACCUACGUAGCGAAGGUGAAAUGACGUUCGUUGAGAAACAGGAGUAUCAAUACGUGGUACGACCCGAUCAAGUCAGACCGACGGAUAACCUGAAGCCCGAGGGUGACUUCUACAGUCCCGAAAAGCAGAAGUAUACGCCAGGAGAACGUCCAACCCAAGUCAGACCUGAAGACAAUCUUCGACCUGAAGGAGAAUUCUACAGUCCCGAGAAACCCAAGUACAAACCAGGUGAACGUCCAACGCAAGUCAGACCUGAAGACAAUCUCCGACCUGAAGGAGAGUUCUACACUCCGGAUAAACCUGGAUUCAGACCCGCUGAGAGACCAGUCCAAAAGAAACCCGUGGACAAUUUGAAGCCCGAAGGAGAGUUUACGAAGCCUGAGAAACAGGUUUACCAACCUGCUGAUAAAAACGAAAGGAUCAUUCGUAAGGACAACCUACGUAGCGAAGGUGAAAUGACGUUCGUUGAGAAACAGGAGUAUCAAUACGUGGUACGACCCGAUCAAGUCAGACCGACGGAUAACCUGAAGCCCGAGGGUGACUUCUACAGUCCCGAAAAGCAGAAGUAUACGCCAGGAGAACGUCCAACCCAAGUCAGACCUGAAGACAAUCUCCGACCUGAGGGAGAAUUCUACAGUCCCGAGAAACCCAAGUACAGACCAGGUGAACGUCCAACGCAAGUCAGACCUGAAGACAAUCUCCGACCUGAGGGAGAGUUCUACACUCCGGAUAAACCUGGAUUUAAACCUGCUGAGAGACCUGUCCAGAAGAAGCCGGAGGAUAAUCUGAAACCCGAGGGAGAUUUCUACAGUCCCGAAAAGCAGAAGUAUACGCCAGGAGAACGUCCAACCCAGGUCAGACCUGAAGACAAUCUGAGACCUGAGGGAGAAUUCUACAGUCCCGAGAAACCCAAGUACAGACCUGGUGAACGUCCAUCGCAAGUCAGACCUGAAGACAAUCUCCGACCUGAGGGAGAGUUUUAUACUCCGGAUAAACCUGGAUUCAGACCCGCUGAGAGACCAGUCCAAAAGAAACCCGUGGACAAUUUGAAGCCCGAAGGAGAGUUUACGAAGCCUGAGAAACAAGUUUACAAACCUGCUGAUAAGAACGAACGGAUCAUUCGCAAGGACAACCUACGUAGCGAAGGUGAAAUGACGUUCGUUGAGAAACAGGAAUAUCAAUACGUGGUACGACCCGAUCAAGUCAGACCCACGGAUAACCUGAAGCCCGAGGGUGACUUCUACAGUCCCGAAAAGCAGAAGUAUACGCCAGGAGAACGUCCAACCCAAGUCAGACCUGAAGACAAUCUCCGACCUGAGGGAGAGUUCUACACUCCGGAUAAACCAGGAUUCAGACCCGCUGAGAGGCCUGUUCAGAAGAAGCCGGAGGAUAAUCUGAAACCCGAGGGAGAUUUCUACAGUCCCGAAAAGCAGAAGUAUACGCCAGGAGAACGUCCAAUCCAGGUCAGACCUGAAGACAAUCUGAGACCUGAGGGAGAAUUCUACAGUCCCGAGAAACCCAAGUACAGACCAGGUGAACGUCCAUCGCAAGUCAGACCUGAAGACAAUCUCCGACCUGAGGGAGAGUUUUACACUCCGGAUAAACCUGGAUUCAGACCCGCUGAGAGACCAGUCCAAAAGAAACCCGUGGACAAUUUGAAGCCCGAAGGAGAGUUUACGAAGCCUAAGAAACAGGUUUACAAACCUGCUGAUAAAAACGAAAGGAUCAUUCGUAAGGACAACUUACGUAGCGAAGGUGAAAUGACGUUCGUUGAGAAACAGGAGUAUCAAUACGUGGUACGACCCGAUCAAGUCAGACCGACGGAUAACCUGAAGCCCGAGGGUGACUUCUACAGUCCCGAAAAGCAGAAGUAUACGCCAGGAGAACGUCCAACCCAAGUAAAACCUGAAGACAAUCUCCGACCUGAGGGAGAAUUCUACAGUCUCGAGAAACCCAAGUACAGACCAGGUGAACGUCCAUCGCAAGUCAGACCUGAAGACAAUCUCCGACCUGAGGGAGAGUUCUACACUCCGGAUAAACCUGGAUUCAAACCAGCUGAGCGGCCGGUCCAGAAGAAGCCCGUGGACAAUCUGAAGCCCGAAGGAGAAUUUACGAAGCCUGAGAAACAGGUUUACAAACCUGCUGAUAAAAACGAAAGGAUCAUUCGUAAGGACAACCUACGUAGCGAAGGUGAAAUGACGUUCGUUGAGAAACAGGAGUAUCAAUACGUGGUACGACCUGAUCAAGUCAGACCCACGGAUAACUUGAAGCCCGAGGGUGACUUCUACAGUCCCGAAAAGCGGAAGUAUACGCCAGGUGAACGUCCAACGCAAGUCAGACCUGAAGACAAUCUCCGACCUGAGGGAGAGUUCUACACUCCGGAUAAACCAGGAUUCAGACCCGCUGAAAGGCCUGUCCAAAAGAAGCCGGAGGAUAAUCUGAAACCCGAGGGAGAUUUCUACAGUCCCGAAAAGCAGAAGUAUACGCCAGGAGAACGUCCAAUCCAGGUCAGACCUGAAGACAAUCUAAGACCUGAGGGAGAAUUCUACAGUCCCGAGAAACCCAAGUACAGACCAGGUGAACGUCCAUCGCAAGUCAGACCUGAAGACAAUCUCCGACCUGAGGGAGAGUUUUACACUCCGGAUAAACCUGGAUUCAAACCCGCUGAGAGACCAGUCCAGAAGAAACCCGUGGACAAUUUGAAGCCCGAAGGAGAGUUUACAAAGCCUGAGAAACAGAUUUACAAGUCGGGCGACAGAACUACCAAGAUAAUCCAGAAGGACAACUUACGAACGGAAGGUGAAAUGACGUUCGUUGAGAAGAAGGAAUAUCAAUAUGUCGUACGACCAGAGCAAGUAAAACCAUCGGAUAACUUAAAGCCGGAAGGAGAGUUCUUCAGCCCCGACAAACCCAAAUACCAGCCCGGCGAGCGAGUUACCGUUGUGCGGCAGAAGGAUAACUUAAAGGUGGAGGGAGAGUUUUACGCGCCUGACAAACCAGACUUCCAGCCUGCCGAAAGGCCCAAGCAAAAGAAGCCCCAUGAUAAUUUAAAACCAGAGGGAGAGAUGAUUAUGCCAGAAAAAAUUAAAUACAAGCCCGCCGAUAAAGUUAAUAGAGUGGUUCACAAGGAUAAUCUCCGUUCCGAAGGAGAGAUGACUUUCACAGAGAAAACUGAAUAUCAACACGUCAUUAGACCCUCCCCGGUUAGGCCGGAGGACAAUCUGAAGACCUCGGGUAAGUUCUACGUACCAGAAAAGCCAGCAGUUACAAACGGGGAUCGCCCCGAGGCGGUAAGACCCAAGGAUAACCUGAAGCCAGAAGGGAUUAUGUACACCCCUGAAAAGCCGAAAUACGAGCCUGCCUCCCGACCAGAGCAGAAGAGGUAUGUGGACAACCUAAAGCCCGAGGGCAAGAUGCACAUGCCUGAGAAGGAAGCGUUCAGGCCGGCAGAUAGAGUGACGACAGUCAUCAGAAAGGAUAACCUGAAGACCGAGGGGGAAAUGACCUUCACACAAAAGGACGUGUAUCAUCAUGUAAAGCGGCCCGAACAGGUGAAGCCGUGCGACAACCUGAAAGUCGAAGGAGAAUUCUUCACACCUGAUAAGAAACCCUUCCGUCCAGCCGAGCGGCCCAUCCAAAAGAAGCCAAAGGACAACUUGAAACCGGAGGGAGAAUUCUACAGGCAAAGCGACCGCACGGAGACCGACAGCACAACGGUAGAAACUACAAAACGAGAGACCGCUAAGCGACCGGUGGAUAACCUCAAGCUGGAAGGUUCCAUGACAGUGACCCGCAAGGAUGAUUAUAAAAAGGAGACCAACAAGACCACGGUAGAGCAGGUUCAGCGGACACAGAAGUACCAGCACAACAGCUCCUCCAUCAGCCUGGGAACCGACACCGCCAUCCGCAAGACCACCAACCAGAUGAACUAUGUGUCCGGCAAGGAUGCUGUCAAGCAGGUGGAUUCCAACAGUCAGAACCCAGUGGACGGUCUUAUUGUUGUGUCCACCACGAAGGUGACCACCGUUAUAGGAGGCCGCCACAAGGAGCCCGAAACCGAGUACGUGAAGCGCCCAGCCAAGAUAAACGUGAUCGAGAACGUGGCCAAAAACACUACGACCACAAACAUCGAGAACACCCAAAACAUCCAUAAAGAAACCACCUCGAUGCAGAGGAGCCACAAUGUCGUCGAGAAUAGUGCAGUGAACACUGUGAAUACUGCAGUCCGUGGAUCGGACAUCUCCAGCAAGGCCCUCCAAACCAGCACUACGAAUCGUGGAGGUCAGAUCAGCAGGGACACGACUGGAGACUCCACCUCCCGUGUAGUGUCGAGAAAAACCGUCUCGAACAACAUAACUGGAGAUUCCACGACUCGAGUGGUCUCUGGAAAAACACUCACCAGCAACGUUACCGCAGACUCCACUUCAAAGGUAGUGUCCGGAAGGAAUGUCUCGAGCAACAUUACUGGGGAUUCAUCCGCUCGCAUGGUUUCUGGCAGAAACGUCACCACUAAUAUAAUUGGUGACUCGUCUUCCCGCAUGGUAGCCGGUGGCCAAAACGUGAUUGAUGACUCAACAUCACGAGUGAUCUCGGGCGACAGGACCUCCAGCCACAACAUUGUUACCGGCAGCUCCACAUCCCAUACGAGCUCCUCCAAGCACUUCCAUCACCGCAAGAGCGAGUUCUCCUCGGAGGCGGAUGUCUCGAAUACGAUCUUCCAUCGGAAGAACGCCGCCACCGACUCGGCAGCAGCCAAUGGCAGCAGUCUCACUUCAAACGGAAAGAUGAUGCGGAAGAGUAUUUUGAAUUUGCACGAGCAACCCUCCAGCACGCCCCAUGCCAGCGAUCGUCAGAGCUAUAGCAGCAUCCACCGGCAGAACCGGGAGUCGGACCAGAACACCAGCUUCUCCAGUGAGCGCCGCAGCUGCAGUGUCCACAAGGAAAACAGGGAGAGCAACGUGAAGAACUCUUCGUCCAUGUCCCGAAUCAUAUCCGGAGGAAGCACUGCCACUGCCACAGACAACAGAUCAACUGUCACACGCACCCAAGUGUUGGGCGGUGGCAUCGAUUUUCCCUCCCAAUCUCACACCCAUGUGGGAGCCCAUGGCAGGCGCCACCACCAUGUAUCCACUUCCAGCGGCGGCAUCGAUUUUCCCUCUUACAGUGCCCACGGACACACCGAACGGGUGGUCACCCGUAGGGGCAACCAGUCCUCCAUCAGCCUCGGCAACGACACAAAGUGUACGGGAUCGAGUCAGUACAAGAGCGAGUACAUCACAGCCCCGAGCACCACCUGUGCAGUGCAUAAUAUUAAGAAAGGUGCAUUCCAACAUACCAGGAGUACUCAAGAACACAAGUUCUUCAAGACCUCAAACUAACAAUUAAUAACAUCCAUAUCAAAUCCCAAAUUAACGUGUAAUAGUGCAUAAGUUUCCAUGACAAUAUAUCUUUUAUACAAUAUACAAGCCGAUCCGAAAAUCCAGAUUAACAAAUAAAUAUCAUUUUUC